AGCGGCGGAGAAAGAGCCGGCGCCCGGCGCGGUGGCGCGGGGAGCGCGAGCCGGGGUCGCCGAGCCGAGCCGGAGCGCGGGGCGGGCGCGGGCCGGGGCGCUCGGCGGCGGGAGCGGAUCGCCGGGGCGGCGCCGGGGACUCGCGCCGCGAGCGGGAGCAGGGCAGCUGGCCUGGUGCUUGGAGCCUGGGCGAGUGCCAUGGCCCCACACUGGGCUGUCUGGCUGCUGGCAGUGGGGCUGUGGGGCCUGGGCAUUGGGGCCGAAGUGUGGUGGAACCUGGUGCCCAGGAAGACCGUGUCUUCUGGGGAGCUGGCCCCAGUGGUGCGGCGCUUCUCCAGACCAGGUGUCCAGGACUUCCUGACCCUGACGCUGACCGAGCAGUCCGGGCUCCUGUACGUGGGGGCACGGGAGGCCUUGUUUGCCCUCAGCGUGGAGGCGCUGGACCUGCAAGGAGCGAUCUCCUGGGAGGCGCCAGCUGAGAAAAAGGCUGACUGUGUCCAGAAAGGGAAGAAUAACCAGACGGAGUGCUUCAACUUCAUCCGCUUCCUACAGCCGUUCAACGCGUCCCACUUGUACGUGUGCGGGACAUACGCCUUCCAGCCCAAGUGCACCUACAUCGACAUGCCCACCUUCACCCUGGAGCGUGGAGAGCUGGAGGAUGGGAAGGGGAAGUGUCCCUAUGACCCCGCUAAGGGUCACACUGGCCUCCUUGUAGAUGGUGAGUUGUACUCGGCCACACUCAACAACUUCCUGGGCACGGAGCCUGUCAUCCUGCGGAACAUGGGGCCCCACCACUCCAUGAAGACGGAGUACCUGGCCUUCUGGCUCAACGAACCUCACUUUGUGGGCUCUGCCUACAUCCCGGAGAGUGUGGGGAGCUUCACGGGGGACGACGACAAGGUCUACUUCUUCUUCAGCGAGCGGGCGGUGGAGUACGACUGCUACGCUGAGCAGGUGGUGGCCCGAGUGGCCCGGGUCUGCAAGGGAGAUAUGGGAGGCGCACGGACCCUGCAGCGGAAGUGGACCACGUUCCUGAAGGCGCGGCUGGUGUGUGCGGCCCCACGCUGGCAGCUCUACCUGAACCAGCUGCGGGCACUGUACACGCUGCAGGCCAGCUCAUGGCACAACACCACCUUCUUUGGGGUGUUCCGGGCACGAUGGGGUGAUGUGGACAUGUCAGCAGUCUGCGAGUACCAGUUGGAAGAGAUCCAGAGGGUGUUUGAGGGUCCCUACAAGGAGUACCGAGAAGAAGCCCAGAAGUGGGGCCGCUAUACUGACCCAGUGCCCAGCCCUCGGCCAGGCUCGUGUAUCAACAACUGGCACCGCCACCACGGCUACAGCAGUUCCCUGGAGCUGCCCGACAAUACUCUCAACUUCAUCAAGAAGCACCCGCUGAUGGAGGAGCAGGUGGCCCCUCGCUGGGGCCGGCCGCUGCUGGUGAAGAAGGACACCAACUUCACCCACCUGGUGGCCGACAGAGUCACCGGGCUGGACGGCACCACCUACACCGUGCUGUUCAUUGGCACAGAGGACGGCUCGCUGCUCAAGGCCGUGAGCCUGGGGCCCUGGGUCCACCUGAUUGAGGAGCUGCAGGUCUUCGACCAGGAGCCUGUGGAGAGCUUGGUCCUGUCGGAGAGAAAGAAGCUGCUCUUUGCCGGCUCCCGCUCUCAGCUGGUGCAGGUGCCCCUGGCUGACUGCACCAAGUAUCGCUUCUGCGCCGACUGCGUCCUUGCCCGAGACCCCUACUGUGCCUGGAACGUCAACACCAGCCGCUGCGUGGCCGUGGGUGGCCCCCCGGGAGCCCUGCUCCUCCAGCACGUGACGGUCUCGGACACCUCGGGAAUCUGUAACGUCCGUGGCGCCAAGAAAGUCAGGCUCACAUCCAAAAACAUCACGGUGGUGGCGGGCACAGACCUCGUGCUGCCCUGCCACCUCUCUUCCAACCUGGCCCGUGCCCGCUGGACCUUCGGGAGCCGGGACCUGCCCGAGCAGCCUGGCAUCUUCCUGUACGACACUCGCCUGCAGGCCCUGGUCGUGAUGGCUGCCCAGCCCCACCACGCAGGCGUCUACCGUUGCUUCUCCGAGGAGCAGGGCACGCGGCUGGCUGCCGAAGGCUACCUGGUGACCGUGGUGGCCGACCCAUCAGUGACCCUGGAGGCCCGGGCCCCUCUGGAGAACCUGGGGCUGGUGUGGCUGGCGGUGGUGGCGCUGGGUGCCGUGUGCCUGGUCCUGCUUCUGCUGGUGCUAUCACUGCGCCGCCGGCUGCGGGAGGAGCUAGAGAAAGGUGCCAAGACUGCGGAGAGGACCCUGGUCUACCCCCUGGAGCUGCCCAAAGAGCCCAGCAGCCCCCCCUUCCGGCCCGGCCCCGAGACAGACGAGAAACUCUGGGACCCUGUUGGCUACUACUACUCGGACGGCUCCCUCAAGAUUGUGCCUGGACACGCCCGCUGCCAGCCGGGGGGCGGGCCCCCCUCUUCGCCCCCUGGUAUCCCCGGCCAGCCUUUGCCUUCUCCCACCCGGCUUCACCUGGGCGGUGGACGGAACUCAAAUGCCAACGGCUACGUACGCUUACAGCUCGGAGGGGAAGACCGGGGCGGGCUUGGGCACCCUCUGCCUGAGCUUGCCGACGAACUUCGGCGCAAACUGCAGCAGCGCCAGCCCCUGCCGGACUCCAACCCCGAGGAGUCCUCUGUCUGAGGGCUGCCCCGCAGCGGGAGCAUGGGAGGCAUGGCCCCGACUUUUUUGCACAGGCACCAGCUACCUCAGGGACAUGGCCCGGGCGCCAGCUCGGCCUGGGACAGGCCACCCCGCGCCACCGGGCCAUGAGGACCUGCUCUGCUCAGCACGGGCACUGCCAGCCGGCGUGGCUCACCAGGGCUUCAGCUUGCAGAAGCGUCUGCCUCCUCCAGGAGGGGCUGUGAAUCACGGACACACGGACCCCAGCAGCCAAAACUCUCCAAGGCAGAAGUUGGACUUGGGUGUGUGCGUGUGCGUGUGUGUGUACAUAUGUGUGCAUGUGUGUGAGUGGGUGUGUGCAUGGACGAGAGAUACCCUCUUCCUGUUCUGUUGAGUCUUCCUGUGGCUGGGGGUCCACCUGGUAUAUUGUUGGAGCUAUGAAGGGGAAGGGUCGUUAUCACUUGGCCUCUCCUACCCCCAUCUGUCCCUGGUGGGCAGUGAUGUAUAUAUGGGGGGAGGCUGGGCAGGGUGUGGGCCCCUUUGGGGGGUACAGGGCUCUGAGGGGCGCCGGCCCCUAAUCUAA